AUGGCGUCCAACUACGUGGACACGACGGGCGAGGAGGGCAGGUUCCACGGCCCCCACAGCCACAGCACCAGCACCACCCCGACGGGCGCGGCGGCGGCGUUGUCGCCGCGCAACAUGCGCCGCAGCUUCUCCUCCGCGUCCUCCGGGAGCCACAGCCACGGCGGCGGGGCCAAGUGCGUGUGCGCGCCCCCGACCCACGCCGGGUCGUUCAAGUGCCGACUCCACCGCACCAACUCCCAGGGCCACGCGCACCCGUCCCCGCCGGUCUCCCCCGCUGGCGGCGCGUCCUCUGCCGCCCCGGCGCAGGGCGUCCCGUCCUCCGCCUCCUCCCGCACCGUCGAGGCCCAGUGA